AUUUCCAAUGACCAAAGAAAACGAAUAGCCCCUGGGACGGACAAGUCUGUUCUGCAAACUGAUGCCACGAGGCAGAGAUGAGAAAGAUGACUGAGCAGCGUGGUUGCUAUAGGCCUGUAAACACACAGGGAAAUAAGAUCAGUUACCAAGGCACUUGUCAAGAAAGCCCGGAAAAGGGGAUGAAAAGAUUGCAGAAGCGGUUUCUCCACAAGGAUGGCAGCUGCAAUGUGUACUUCAAACACAUCUUUGGGGAAUGGGAGAGCUACGUAGUGGACAUAUUUACCACACUGGUGGACAUCAAGUGGCGCCAUAUGUUUGUGAUAUUCUCAUUGUCGUAUGUCCUUUCAUGGUUGUUCUUUGGACUGGUCUUCUGGCUGAUAGCAAUCCAACACGGAGAUUUAUUCAAUGAUGAAGAAAUAACUCCCUGUGUUGCAAAUGUCCAUAGCUUCACAGGAGCAUUCCUGUUCUCCCUUGAAACCCAAACAACCAUCGGGUACGGUUACCGCUGUGUUACAGAAGAGUGCUCCGUUGCAAUCCUCAUGGUCAUCCUGCAGUCAGUAUUAAGCUGCAUUAUUGACACCUUCAUAAUCGGAGCAGCCUUGGCUAAAAUGGCCACAGCUCGAAAAAGAGCUCAAACCAUUCGUUUCAGCUACUAUGCUGUCGUUGGUCUGAGAGAUGAUAAGUUUUGCCUCAUGUGGCGCAUUGGUGAUUUCCGGCCAAACCACAUGGUUGAGGGCUCUGUACGAGCUCAGCUCCUGCGCUACAAGGAAGACAAGGAGGGGAGAAUGACAAUGGAAUACAAGGACUUGAAGCUUCUAAAUGACCAGAUCAUACUUGUUACACCAGUGACCGUCGUACAUGAAAUUGAUAGUGAGAGCCCCUUGUAUGGUCUAGAUCGGAAAGCUCUGGCCAAAGACAACUUUGAAAUCUUGGUCACAUUUGUCUACACGGGUGAUUCAACGGGAACUUCACAUCAGUCAAGAAGCUCCUAUGUCCCCAGAGAGAUUCUUUGGGGCCAUAGGUUUAAUGAUGUCUUACAUGUCAAGAAAAAAUACUACAAGGUGGAUUGCUUACAGUUCGAAGAAACCACAGAGGUUUAUGCUCCUCACUGCAGUGCCAUGCAGCUGGAUCGAAAAGAGCAAGAAUGGAACCGAAUUGAGAAGACACGGGAAAAAGAAGCAGAGACAUCAGCACUGGAGAUCAAGCCAUUCAGUGCCAACCGAACAUCAUUUAGUGCAGUUGCCCUCAUCACCAGCUGUGAAGAUCCAGAAGACCCAGUGACAACCGUCAGUCAGCCUUCUGGAGAAGUUUCAUAUCAAAAAGCAACUGUGACCUUAAAUAGGCUAUCAAUAGAGUCCCAAAUCUAGCUUUUCACUGCAAGUAAAAGCGCUUCCAAGAAAUUCUCCCAUCAUAGCUUUUAGAAUGUAAACAGUGAACUCAUCUGCACAAGUAUUUCUAUUACAAACCUCGCUGACAGCAUGCCCACGUUGUAAUACACUGCUGAGCUGCUAAAAGGAGCUUUGUGCUGGAUAGCGUGGGUAUCAGCAACAGAUUAGCAUUGGCACAAGAGAACAGCUUACAUUUGGGUUGACUAGACAGCUACUGCACUUGAGCAAACUUACUAUAAACUUUAUUACCCUGCAGGGACCAAUGUUGGAUGUACCCAGAGGCAGAUAAUGAUCUAGGCAGGGAACAGACACAAUGGAGUGUGCCCUCUAGGUCAGGUCUUCAAAGCUGCCUCAUUUAUUUGGAAUGCCAGUUCCCAAUCUCUCCAGGAGGCUCUGGAACUCCCCACCAUCACAACACUGCACCUCUGCAGCAGUUCAAACAAAGCCCUCAUCCCAGAGUUACACUGAUGAAUCUAUGGGGGUGUUCUUUGUAGGAGGGAGGGAACUGAACCCAGUAUUACUGGGUAGCUUUGGAAACCUGCUUACACCCUGCCUAGUCCUGUGGGAGCCACAGCUGGAUCCUGCGGAGCUUUUCCCAUUUCCUAUGGUGAGCCAUUCCUACAAGUGCCUCUUCCUGGGCAGCCUGAGGUAGGUGGUAUGUGAGCUGCCUUGGGGCUGCAUGCACAGUUUGCUACCUGCCAAACUCACUUGCAGUGUUCAGAAAGCAAAACAAGUUGACACUGAAAUCAGCAAAAUCAGGUUGAGCCUCAGAGAGAAGGUGCUGGGUUUAGAGUGAGCUGUGCAAUAUUUUAAAUCAAGUCUUUCAUUUCAGAAUGUCAGGCUUUGCUUUUCUUUUUUUACUAUAUGAUGCUUCUUUAAAAGGACAAUGAUCAAUCUGGAGGCCAAAGAGUGUGAUUUUUGUCAGAAGGAAAUACUUUCAUUCCCCUGAAAUAACUGUGUUAAAAUGAUCCUUCGCAGACAAAUUUAACAUAUUCAGCUGUUAUCUCAAUAAGGCAAAAAGGAGAACGUUAAUGUUUGGAAGGUGCCUGUGACAUGGAAGUUCCACGCUCUGCACAUCUCUGUGCUUACUCAGUAAGCAGUAACUCAUCGUGCUUUUUUUCCCCUUGAUGAUUAUGGUUCAUUUGCAUUGUAUGUAAUUAUCAUGCUAAUGUAAAGGUAAUUAUCUCUGAAUUUGUGGUUACCUAAACUGGGAUUUAGCUCACCUGACCUCAGCCGUCAAGAAAUCAAGUGUUUGCCUACUCAUUGAGGCCUCUGUACUUACUGGAACUCUUGUUCUGUCUUCACAGGGGACUUUACCCCGUUUUACUUUGGCUUUUUAGGGAGCUGAAGGCAAUAGGAUGUGUUCAUCCUUCUCCGUUUAUUGUUGAAGGAGAUGAGAUGACUGUUGUGGCAAUGCUGCCUAACUUUAGGCUGCUAAAAUUAGGCCUGACGUGUCACUCACAUCAUUCUGACUAAUUAAAAGGUUUUAUGAGCUCAUCACAGUUAAAGAAAAAUAGCAUGCUGAAUCUUUCUCUGCCUGAAAUUUACU